UUUCCGUUCUAGAAAGAGUUAAAAUUUACUUCUGGAGUUCGAGAGAUCGUUCGGUCUCCCACACUUUCAUUAUCGAUGUCCCCCACUCAGGAAGUGCCAUAUUAUUUUUUAAUCCUGGGCAGAAAACUAAUUUAAAGUAACUGGAGGCUAAACAAACACUAAAAUAAAGAAUUUUUAGACGUAGAAUUCGUCCUUUCUUCGCCAGCUGCGUCAUCGAGAAUAACUCAUAACAAUCGAAAGUUCCUUAUACCCUUGUGAGUCGUAAUUACCAAAAUUGUGUACAAAUGCCCAAAUUUCAUGAUCCUGACCUUUUUUGGUGGUUCCAGGCGUCAAGGACGUGCACGCAAAGUUCAAGCGUGAUCACAAUAAACUCAAUUAAACUUGUGUUCAAACGCCAAGAGGUCAAACCAAUUUCAACUGGGGUAAAUACGAUGCAUACCGAGCAGUUGUUCAAUACAUCAGCAUUAGCGUCAGCAACUGCAUAUUAUUUAUCCAAUUUUUAUUACCUCCGCUCUCCGGCUCUUCGACGUUCGAUCGUUUUUAGGCCCUCCGACACGCUAAAUAUGAAUCUCCCUUCGUGAUGAGCUAAAGUACACAUUGUCUCUAUGUCAGGCUGUUUAAGGUUUCCUCCUCAGGAAGUUAGUCAAUAGCCAUCGAUCGUGAGAUAUUUAUAGUUGUCGAGUUCAAUGACUUUCGGGAUUUGCGUCAAUUUUUCAAUUUACCCCACCAUUUGAGGCGCAACAGUUGAAUAUUUUCAAUCAUUUAUGAAAUUUUUUUCAAGGACACUAUUUUGUAUAUUAACAAAAUAAUAUAUUGCACUAGUUCAGGAUGUUUUCAAAUAUAUUCUUCCGUAUUUAUUCGCGCACAUUCAAAUAAUAUUCAUAAAACCCCCUGAACUAAUCUAAAUUCUCCGUACCUUUAAAACUUUUACUCGAAUACUUAAAAAGUUGUAAAGAAUGGAACCUCCAUUCUCUCCUCAUUUCGCGGGUGGCUCCGUUGCCUCAGCGGUUGAUGACAAUUCAUUGAAAAAAAAAAGAAAAACGAUAGAGAAAAUGGCCUCGUGGUAUAGAAUAACAAUAUUAAAUAACACGUUUUACGUAGAAAAGCCUCGUGUUCCCGUGACUCCCAGUGUCAGGAUAUCGUUUGUAAACUCCACCUGACAGCGGUAUCCCGGCACAACCCCUUACCACCCCCCGGGCUUUUUUUGCCCGCAGGAGAGCCCUCCCAAAAACUAAUUAUUCAUGAAUCGAUACACAUCGAUGAAAGGCACAGAGUGUCUUCAAACUCGUACUUCAUUCCGAGUUGGAGAGUCGUGCGUGUCUGACCUAACGUAGACAUUCAGGGGAAAUAAACCGAAUUUUUAUUCUGGAGGAACGAGGGGUAAAUUGGUAGUGAGGUUAAAGGUGAUGAUCUGUUGAAUGCGAGUAGAUGAAUUUACGGGGAUCGGGGGAAUGGACAAAUACGAAAAUAUCGAGGUCGUGGGGGAAGGAAGUUAUGGAAUUGUUAUGAAGUGCAAGCACCGCGACACCGGGCAAAUCGUCGCUAUCAAGAAGUUCCUGGAGACUGAAGAAGACGUUCACGUUAGAAAAAUGGCGUACAGGGAGAUUCGGAUGUUGAAGAAACUGCAUCACGACAACUUGGUGAAAAUGAUCGAAGUAUUUCGCCGGAGGAAACGCUUUUAUCUGGUCUUCGAGUACCUGGAUCACACAGUUCUUGACGAGUUGGAAGCCGCGUCCGGGGGUUUAGGGCCUCACGUUUCCAAACGCCAUAUUUUCCAAGUCGUCAGAGGUCUGAAUUUCUGCCACACGAAUCACAUAAUGCACAGAGACGUGAAGCCUGAGAAUAUUUUGGUAUCGCCAAACGGAGUAAUAAAGCUCUGCGAUUUUGGAUUUGCCCGAUUCGUGUCGGGACCGAACGAGUCUUGCACGGAUUACGUGGCUACCAGGUGGUACAGAGCUCCAGAAUUACUAGUCGGUGAUUCCAGGUACGGGCGACCUGUUGACGUGUGGGCCCUGGGGUGCCUCUACGCCGAGAUGGUCACAGGGGAUCCACUUUUUCCCGGUGAGAGUGACGUCGAUCAGCUGUUCCAGAUAACGAAGGUUUUAGGCGGAUUGUGCUCGAAGCACCAGGCGAUGAUUAAUCGAGGAUUCAGCGGUUAUCCGAAUCGUCACUCCAGAAGAUCCAGCACCGAUGACUCCCAUUCAACCAUAAAUAUCGCACGUCCUCUUCGCAGUCUCUUUCCCAAAUGGUCACCACUGGCCAUUGAUUUUUUAUCUCAUUGCUUGAGAUUGGAUCCAGAUAUGCGACCUUCAUGUGGAGCUCUUCUGCAACAUCAGUUCUUCACACACGAUGGAUUCGCUGAGAAGUUUGUCGGUGAGUUGGAGAGAUACAUUGCCAAGGAGAGUGGGAAAAAUUCACUCAUCGCAAGACGUGGGGACUACAGGAAGACGAGUCAUACCGAGGAGACACCUAGGAUUUGUUACGGUAGCGCUGGGAGAUGGCGAAUGCAGCUGAUCAAAGAAACCGGAAGUUUCUCCACGAAACCGGAGUACGAGGAGUGCAAUCCGGACGGUCAAAAUCACCAAAUGUUUCCGCAGUCGGAAAUGUCAAUGCCCACGAGGAGAAAAAAUCAGCGAGAACCGCUCUACGCGGGUCCGAUUUCAGUGACUCCAAAUACAACUUACAUCCGGAGAUUGGAUAUGAAAGGAAGUCUCCCUCCGGAUUCAAAAGCCUUUUCCCUGCCUGCAUUACCUUCGAAAGAUAAGAGGAGCUUCAAGCGGGAGAGCAAAAGGCACAAAGAUAAAUUAUACUAGCCAAUGAUUUUUCGUAUUGACAACAGCUGAUCAAAAAAUUUCUUAUCGAAUGUUGAAAAUUGUGGAUCUGAUUAUAUUUAAUUGUAAAAAAAUGGUUUUUCAA